AUGCUGGCUCUUCGCGACCAGGAGAACCUGGUGCACACCCACCAGACUGUUGCUGCAGCUAAAUCUUUGAAUCAGGGAGUGAAGCAGUUGCAACCACGAACUCCCGGAACUCGAGCCCCAAAGACACCGUUUAAAGUGCCACUGAACGACGAGAACGACCCAUUGACUUUUGGCAAGAAGACGAUCAAAGCCGCUGGAAAGCAGAGGGAGAACACCAAACCCGCCAAGGAUGCCUUUGUCACUCCGCUGGAACCGCGCAGUCGCGCGCCUCUUGGCAUGAAAACGACGAACGCAAAGGCAAGAGGCUUACAGACUCCAGGAUUAGGAGGCACCAUCAAGCUUGAGAAAACGAAUAAGAGAACUUCCACCCAAAAGAUCAGGAAGUUUGCACCGCUGGUUGAUCAACCUAAGGUGGAGGUGCAGGAGGAACAGCCUCAGAAUGACGUUCCGGAUAUUGAAUACAUGCCCCCCAAGCCACAAGAACUGCCGGAUGACCCUGAUUUUAUCACUUAUGACACUACGUUUCCCCAGUUUCAGCCGAAGAACCUGGCAUUGGGAUUGGAAAGCGUAUAUGGCGACAACGAAGUAGGCAGCGACGGUCUAACCAAGCGACAGCGCAAAUUUCAGGAGGACUCAGCUGCAUUUGAUCGGAAGGUGGACGAAAUGAUCUUGAAACAACUCGAAGAGAUUGAUUUCGAAGACAAAACCGAGUUGGACCCUCCUCGAGAGCCCCAUAUGGAAGAACCCCCCAAACGCAAACUCGAGGCGCGCCGCGCGAAGCUGGCAUCGACGAAGCCGAGAUAUACUAGCAAUAUCUCAACCAUUCGUGCUCGUGAUGCAGCAGCAGCUCUCUCCAACAUUGAGCCUUCAGUCUCGCGAACCAGGCCAAUGGCCUUCCCAAAACCAAGACCUCGGGUUGCAUCAUCUUCUCUCUUGACGACCAAGAAGCCGCGGGGGCCCAUCAAUCCGUCCUCUAUGCGUCACACUGCUGCAGUUGCAGCUUCUAGGUCGACCGUGGGAUAUUCCCGGGGCCGAACUAUGUCGUCUAAGCUUACUGGGAAACCGCUCAAUCCUGCCAAGCAGCCGGUCACCAAAGCCAUCAUGUCUCCUGAAGCCUAUAUGGAGGCAUACGGCAUGCCGCCACUGGGCUCAGAGAUGUGGCACCGCUGCAAGGCGGCUGGGUGUUUUGAUAGCGAGGAAGACCGCCUGGCAGCCGAAGCCGAGCGAAAUCUCCCGACAUUUGACGAAGACGAAGAGGCACAGAAUUUUCAGCUGACUCUGUGA